AUGUAUCCUAUCAUUCGUGAAUUACAAAAUAAAUUUAUAGAUAUGAGUUUAGAAUUAAGUAAUAAUGAUGAAGAUAGCGACAAUGAGGAUGAUUUAGAAAAUGAUGACGACACUCAUUCACAAGCCCCUUUACCACUAUCUGAUCUUGAUCAAAUAGAAAAGCAAUUUAAAAUUGCUAUUUAUGACUCUUUGAAUAAAUAUUGGUAUGAUUUUCAUGAAGUUGAAUUGGUAGCUACCCUUUUAGACUCCCAGACCAAAAGAAU